UUGCAAUAGAAAUGACGGAUGAUUCGAGAGAUAUCGAGAAGCUUUACGAGUAUGGAGAGAAACUCAACGAAGCCAAAGACAAAUCUCAAAAUAAGGGGGAUUAUGAGGGAAUAAUUGCGGCUGCAAAUGGCAGCGUGAAGGCGAAGCAAUUGGCUGCGCAGCUGAUACCAAGGUUUUUCAAGUACUUCCCUGAGCUCUCGGAGCAAGCUCUCGACCAACAUUUGUAUCUGUGCGAGGAUGAGGAACUUGGGGUGCGAGUACAAGCUAUACGUGGACUUCCUCUUUUUUGCAAGGAUACUCCAGAACAUCUGGCUAAAAUAGUUGACAUCCUUGGUCAGCUCCUUGUAGCGGGAGAUAACGUGGAGCGUGACGCGGUGCAUAAAGCCCUUAUAUCUUUAUUGCGGCAGGAUGUUAAAACUUCCUUAACAGCUUUAUUUAAGCACAUUGGAAGCACUGAUGAUCGAACUGCUGAUGAUGUUAGCACUUGGGAGACGAUUCGUGAAAAGGUUCUCUGUUUUAUUAGAGACAAGGUGUUUCCUCUUAAGGGAGAGCUACUAAAGCCACAGGACGAAAUGGAGAGGCAUUUAACUAAUUUGAUAAAGCAGAAUUUGCAAGAUGUGACAGCAGUUGAAUUUAAAAUGUUUAUCGACUUUUUAAAGAGCUUGAACUUAUUUGGACAGAAGGCUCCUGUGGAACGUGUUGAAGAACUUGUUGAGAUCAUUGAAGGCCAGGCUGAUCUUGAUGCUCAGUUUGACGUAUGUUCCUUUUCCAGUAUGUUACUAGUGGGCAUUUAUUUGCCUUUUGUUAUCUGUUUAGUUACUGCUGCUUUUGUAGACUUUUAUUUUUACCUCCCAUUUUCUCAAAUGUUAAAUCUCUUUCCCCUUCAGCUUCCUGAAGAGCAAAAAUUAGACCUGCUUAAGAACCUUGCAGAAUGUUCACUUUAUGCAAGACCACAGGACGCAAGACAGAUUCUUCCGUCAAUUGUUCAACUUUUAAAGAAAUAUAUGGUUAGAAGGAAGCUUGAAGAGAUAAACUUCGCAUUUGUUGAGUGUCUGCUGUAUUCUUUCCACCAUUUAGCUCACAAGACUCCAAAUGCCACAAAUAGCCUGUGUGGCUACAAGAUUGUCACAGGUCAGCCUUCAGACAGACUUGGAGAAGAUUUUUCCGAUUUAUACAAGGACUUUACAGAGAGAUUGAGCACUAUGGAGGAUUUAGCAAAGGCUAUGAAUAAGAAACUGACCCAAGGGAUGGCUGAGCACAACAAAGCUAUGGCAGCUGCUAAAACAGAAGAAGAAAAAAAUGUCAUUAAGAAGCAGAAGCAGAAUGCUACAACUGGUCUUCGAACCUGCAACAACAUACUGGCCAUGGCUCAGCCAUUGCAUGCAAAAACGCCAUCAUUUAUUGGGGAUCAGAAAAUUAGCUUGUCAUGGAAAGAAGUAACUAAAUCGUCAACUCCAUCAAGCACCACUGCUGCAGGUCAAAAACGAAGUGCUGCUACUAAUUUAUCUGGCGCCAAUGCAUCCAAAAGGGGUAGGGGAAUGGGAGGUGUACAAAACCAACUUCUUAACAAGGCAUUUGAAGGUUUAAAUGGUGGCCGAGGUGGUGGAAGGGGUGGUGGAAGAACUGGUGGGAGAGGUGGCGGAUGGUGGGGUCGUGGUAGAGGAAGGAGUUAUCGCUAAAACUGGUCUCGUUUACUGUAUAAUUCGCAGAAUAUACUGAUGCACAUGAGAUUGUUGUAACUUUUAAGUUUAUUUUCUCACCUAGUACUGUUCAUUCGUAACUUGCAUUCGAUCAGUUCUCAGUUCUAACUAGCUCUCUCAUUAGAUAUUAUUUUUCUUGGAAAGCCUUUUCAUUUAAAGAAAUUUUACAAAUUUA